GUUUCCAUAACUUUUUAGACUUUAAUGUCAAGCUGCUGUAGUCGCAACGACUGUAAUUCUUAAUGCACGGUUUAAGCGAGCCUGUCUUUCUCACGUAGCGCCUCAAACUUGUAGCGCGACAGUGGUCGAUAAACGUCAUUACGCAAGCACGGCCUCGAUCGAGCUUGCAGCUGUUGCUGUUUGUGCUGCUGUUAAAAAAAAUAUGGCGGCGUUGCGCUGGUGUUGUUAAACAACCAGAGCAUUAGUUGGCUUCGUUUUGUCGGGCCAAAGCAAACCGCGAGACAAUCAGCUGCGGUCCCAGAACACUCCUUCAAUUGCCCCCACUCUACUUAUAACAAGUAUGGGAGCCCUGUACCAGGGAGACUGUCUCGAGGACGACUUCGAUCCGUGGUUAGACGAGACGGACCCGUGGAUCGACAGGGUAUAUCGGCUCAACGGCGACAUCUCGACGCCGUCGGACUCGGUCAUCACGCACUACCUGACCGACGACGAGCUGUACCAGACGCUGGCGUUUCCCGCCGACUACGACUGGUCGACGACGGUCAUCUUCAAGUUCGACGUGGACUGCCCCGAGAUAUGGCCCAAGCUGUGCAAAUUUAUCGAUCUCUGCCCGGAAGUGAAGUUCGGCGGCUGGGCCCGAACGAAGGUGGCCUACGUGCACCUCAUCAAGACGUGGACGGUUGACGAGGCGGACUUCCUCAUCGGGAAGCGAGAGGUCGAGAUCGAGGGCGUUCACUGCCGCAUUUUGCCCGUCAGGGUUGUGCCGGUCUGAGACGGGUGACAGUGAAAAGCGUGCGUGGUUUGUGUGCGUGUCAACGUGUCGGUCGUUGCAGUGUUUUAACUGUUCGGUCCACCCCUUUUCGUCCGAGUCUCGUUUUGGCCUGCGCGUGUCUUCGUAGGCGUCAGAUGUUAUUAAAAAUGCUGCCAACUCGUUUGGUGAAUAGUGUGUUGACAGAA